AUGAAGUUCACAUCAACUGUCUCUAUAUUGACAUUAGCCAUAAGCACGUUGAGCUACGGUGCGAUAACUGGAACGAUUUCCAGCAGUGGGAAAACUGUGCACUAUGGAGAAAUUGAAACUCAGGAAAUCAAGGUUUUACCACUCGAGUCAAUCAAGGACACCAUUGAUAUCAAACUCAAGAAUGACAAGUUAGAUGGUCAGCCAGAGCAAAUCAUGCUCAGUUUGAGCGACUCUCACAAAUCCAAUGUUGCUACACAUUAUAUUCCUGUGGUCAAUGGAAACAAUAUUAAGUACAGCAUCAAGGCAAAUUCUAUUCCAGCCACUCUAUUAUCCAGAAGUCAAUUGACCUUGGGUCUUGUUAUUGCAGAUUCCAAGACAAAAUCCAAUUUAGUGAAAAGGUUGGUGGAUCUCAAACCUUCUGCAGAAUUGAAAAAGCCCGUCAAGCAAGAAAGAAAGUUUCAAUUCGGUCUUCAGCCAGAGAUUCAUCACAUUUUCAAAGAGGAUGCUAAAACUGUCAACCCAGUUGUGCCCGUUGCUUUUAUUGCAGUUGCUGCGGCUACGUUCUUGAUACUCCUUGGAUCAUGGGCUGGAUUUAUUGGAUUAGAUAACCUAUUCAGCACCCUCAAAUCAACGUCUGGUGGCCAAUUAUUACAAAAUGUCAGCUUCUUGCUCACCUUGAUUGGGUUUGAAUUCAACUUUGUCAAAUACUACUUGGGCCAGUCCAUAUUUACUACGUUAUUCUACGGCUCUAUUUUGGCCCUUGCUGCUGUCUAUUUUGGAUCCAGUGUAUUGAGAUACUUGGCUCAAAAUCGUGCAUUGGGAAAACAAUAA